AUGAAGUUCUCUACCUCCGUACUCUUUGCUUCCACCAUGGCUCUCGCCAGCGCCUCCUCAAUCUUCUCGAUCGUCCCUCUGAGCGGUGGCAGCCCUAUUCACAUGCAAAAUAUCAGCGUAUACGAUAACGGACUUGCCAUCGGUCCCAAGCAAAACGCCUCUUGCGGUGUUCCCGACAUUGGCUUCGCCAGCUUCUUCCUGAGCAACGCCACCAACAACGACGUCAACAGCCUCUACCUCUACACCGACCUCCCUCCCCGCCGGGCCUUUGUCGACCUCUCUGAGUUCGGCAACAGCCGCAUCCGUUUCUACAGCGGCGUCGACCCCAAGCCUGACGAGAACUUCAAGCUUGCCCAGUUCCUCGUCAAGGACGACGACUUGUUCAUCGUCGACUACUCUCCGGCGGGCGUCCGCGCCCUCGGUUUCCAGGCCUGCCCCCUCCACAACGGCGAGGGCUUCAGCGUCAACGUCGACAACCCAGAGUUCCCGGCCAGCCCCUCGUGCAUCAAGUUCAGCGCCAGGAUCUCCUACCAGCCUGAGCCCGUCAAGUGCCUCUACAACGACAUCCAUUUGUAA